CAUGAUUUAAAAUCUAACUAGAAUGACUCCGAAGGUAAUAUACAACUUGUCGACUUGUUUUUAUUUGUUGUGUGUUUUCUAUAUUAUUCCAAAACUGAUCCUGCAUACCCCUCAGAAAAUGUGCAGUUGCGCCCCUGAUAUUAUAAAACCAACAACCUGUUGUCUACAACCCUCAUCUCCUGCACAUGUUUUUUAACCUGUAAUGUGUCUAUUUAGAUUUUAAGUUAUGUAGUGUAUUCCAACACUUAGUUAACACUGUAAAUAUUAUCACCACUGUGCGAAUGCUGAUCCGUAGCAGCAGGGGGCGCUGCAGAGCAACAGUGUUAAACACGAGCCGUCGAGGAGCGUGUUGAUGGCGGAAGUGAAUGGCAGGACUGUCUUGUAGUUCAUUUAAAUCUCCAUGUGGUUGUAAUUGUCCCGCUUGAAGACAAAAUCUGCCAUUUAAAUUUAUUAAAAUGGGUAAAAAAGGCAAGAAAGAAAAGAAAGUUAAAGGAGCGGAGAAAACCGCGGCGAAAAUGGAGAAGAAGGUUUCGAAAAGGUCGAAAAGAGAAGAGGAGGAUUUAGAGGCGUUAAUCGCUGAAUUUCAAUCUCUGGACGCGAAGAAGACGCAAGUAGUGGAAACUGCAUGCGCUCCUCCGUCCUCCAGGUUGAACGCGUCUCUGUGUGCACAUCCCGAAAAAGACGAGUUGAUUUUAUUCGGGGGGGAAUUCUUCAAUGGGAAGAAGACGUUUCUGUACAAUGAGCUGUUCUUCUACAACAUUAGGAAGAAUAGUUUGGUGAAGGUAGACAUCCCGAACCCUCCUCCAAGACGUUGUGCUCAUCAGGCUGUCAUAGUUUCCCAGGGUGGUGGGCAGAUGUGGGUGUUUGGAGGGGAGUUUGCGUCCCCUGACGGCGAGCAGUUCUAUCACUAUAAAGAUCUGUGGGUGCUUCACUUGGGAACACGCACAUGGGAGCAAAUCAAAGCUCCUGGCGCUCCAUCUGGCAGAAGUGGACAUCGUAUGGUCCUGACCAAAAGACAACUGCUUGUGUUCGGGGGAUUUCAUGAAAGCACGAGGGAUUAUAUCUAUUAUAAUGAUGUCCACUCGUUCAAUCUGGACACGUUUACCUGGAGUCGCCUCCAGCUAUCAGGAACCGGCCCCUGCCCCCGUUCAGCCUGUCAAAUGACCCCCACACCCGACGGCAACGGGGUCAUUAUCUACGGCGGAUACUCCAAAUCUAGAGCGAAGAAGGAUGUGGAUAAAGGAACCAUCCAUUCUGACAUGUUCCUGCUGAGGAGGGAGGGCACAGAAGAGAAUGAGAAGUGGUCCUGGAGUCGAUUGAACCCGUCGGGAGUGAAGCCCCUGCCCCGGUCCGGUUUCUCACUGGCGGUGGGUCCAGGGGGCCGUGCGCUCCUCUUCGGUGGUGUUUGCGAUGAGGAGGAAGAGGAAUCUCUAGAGGGAGAUUUCUUCAAUGACCUGUACUUUUUCGACAUCAACAAAAACCGCUGGUUUCCUGCCCAGCUGAAGGGCAGCAAGUCUGAAAAAAAGAAGAGACGUCGAGGAAAGAAGGAAGAACAGACCAAUGAAACCGAGGAAGACAAAGAGGCAGCACAGGGUCCCACUGAGAUUAUUAAAGAGAUCGUUGCUGAAGAUGGAACGGUAAUGACCAUCAAGGAGGUGAUUCCAGCCACACAUGCAGCGGAGGAGAGUGAAGAGGAGGAGGAGGAGGAUGAAGAAGAGGAGGAGGCGGCCGCAGCGGCUCCCUUGGUAGAACCCUGUCCUCGCUCUAGUGCCAUGGCAACGGUGAAGCACGGCAAGUUGUAUUUGUAUGGAGGAAUGUUUGAGGUGGGAGAUCGACAAUUCACCCUCAGUGAUCUCUACAGCCUGGACCUGCAUAAAAUGGACCGAUGGGAGGUUCUGGUGGAAAUGGAUCCCAAAACGCAGGAGUGGCUUGAAGAAUCAGAAUCGGAGGAUGAAGAUGAGGAAGAGGAGGCAAAAGGGGGCGCAGAAGAGGAGGAAGAUGAGGAUUCUGAGGAGGAAAGCGAAGAUGAAGAUGCAGAGCAGCCCCCCGCAGAGCCAGGAGAAACCCUAGCGGAUUAUCAAACCCGGACCGAGAAGUACUGGCUCGGUUUGGCCCGGGCCAACAUGGGCCCUGACGCCAAAGACAAGAAAGUACAAAAGGUCGGCCUUGCCAUGGCCAAAGUGUUUUAUGAGAAUAAGGAAUGAGGUUUUGUGCCGGUGUUGGUGGAUUCGAGGAAUGUGUGAGGCUGUAUUAUAAUAAUGUGUGUAUGCAGAGAGAAUUAAAGCGUCGUAUGUGCGAAGAGACAUGAAAAUGUUAUUGUACUGUUUGCAAUCUGUGUGUGUGUGCACGAGAGAAAGAAUGAGUGUGUGUUUGAGUUUUAAAAGCAGUGAAAACAUGUUCGCCAGACUUAAAUGAAAGAUUGUAACUAAAUGUACAUAAUUUUCACGAAAUUGCUGCCUUGUGUCUCAUCAUUUUGUCAGGUUUUUUUUUUAUUGUGUGCUUUUUUUAAUCCAAAACGACUUGCAGUGCAUUUAAGCUAAACAUUGUAUCAGUGUGUUUUUAUCUUAAUUGCAUCUCUUGGUAUUGCUAGCCGCUAGCUGCUGAAACUUGUAGAGCAUGGGUUAGCAAAAAAAAGCUGUAAACUGGCGCGUUUACUAAACCGUGUCACGUUGUCUUUUACUCCAUUUAUAAUUCAUUGUUUUUCAGAAAAAUGUGAAAGAUACUAGCUGAAGGGUUAGCUUAAGUGUGGAACAUCUUUAAGACGUUUCCUCAAGAGUUCAAGCUGAUGCUAAUAGCAAAGGCGUCGACCAGGAAGCAAUCACAGUUUCCAAAUGAACGGUGUUUCUCACAUUGACCUAUUUUUUUGUUGGCUGUUAAAAGAAUGAUGCAUGAAGAAGCUAUAAUGAAUAAUAAAUGGAGGAGAGAGAUGGCUGAGGUUACGAUUAUCCAGCCAGCUGUCUCUGCUCAUCGCGGCCUCUUCUUUCUUCAUCUUUGUUUGAAAUUCUGUAUUUCUUUAUAAAAAGAUGUUGUUUAUAAAUAACUAAAAAGUCUCAAUUUGUACAGCGCAGCUCUGACGUUCGGAAGCACAUGAAACUGCUGUCGUCAGAGGUACGUCAGUCCAUUCUGUCCCCCUUUCUCUCUCACACACUCCUGAGAUGUUUGUAGGUCAUGUUGGUGGAUUAUUCUGAUGUUUGUUUACCUAGUGGCUGUCAUUAUGACCUCAUUAAUCAGUUGAAGUAAUAAGAUAAAGAAUUCGAUUGAAGAUAGUGGUUGGUAAUUGAUGCUCGACUAAUUCUGUAGCUUGGGGACACUUUUCCUCCCGUUAUUUAAUUUGUUUGGACACAGUUUGAAAAAGCUUCUGAAUGAAGAUGCUAUUUCCCGAAAUUAUGCAUUUUUUUAUUUUGGGGUGAGAUAAAUUUUGUGGUGUUAUUUGGAAAAAAAAAAAGAAUAUUUGUUCAAAUUAUGUGCAAAUUUGUUAGCAAGGUUUGCGAACACUCGCCUUCUCUGUGAACCCUCUUUUAGACAAAUUGUUAAAUGCUCUGCCAUUUGUAAAUCGCUUUGGAUAAGUGUCUGCUAAAUAAAUGUCCUUCAGUGGUCAGUCAAACAGGUAGCCCCGCCCUAAACGUGUGCCAUUUCUUGUGCUGGUGUUGUGGUCCAACUGGUUGAGAUGCCCAAAGAAUCUGAACAAAAUUGAAUAGUGCCACAUUUGUUUUUUACAACUUUUCAAGAAAUAAACCUACCUAUAGCUUAUUGAAAUGUUUCUGCAUAUUUUGCUGGGAUAUAGGAACACAUAUUACGUGUUUAUAACUUUUAAAAUAUUUAUUUUACGACCUUUAAUUCAUGCAGAAUUAAAUACAAAUUUAAAUUUAAUAUAACAAAAACUUUAUUAUCGUUUCAGAAUUCAAAUGCUGUUGGAAGUAAUGAGAUUUGCUAAUCUACGCAAAUGACAUUCAAAUAAUUAACAUGAAUUUAGUCACAAUGCAACAAGUCUUAGCGGGACAGUUCACCCCAAAAUAAUAAAAAUGCUGUCUUUUAUUUAUCAUUUAUCAACCUCAACCUGUAUAUGACUCUUACUGUGAAACACAAAAUAUAUAUUUAAGAAAUGUGAUAUUAUACAUAUAUAUCCAUAUAAUGUAAGUCAGUGUGGGCCACUAUUGUUUAGUUACCAACAUUCUUCAAAAUAUCUUCUUUUGUGUUCUGCAGAUGAAAGAAAGUCAUAAAGGUUUGGAAUGACACGAGGGUGAAUAAUGCCCAAAGAAUUUGUAUUUUUGGCUGAACAUUCCCUUUAAGGGUCAAAAAAGGACUUGAUUGAUUUUCCUUUAGCAAAAUCUAAUAUCCUAUUUUUUAUUAUCUUUUGAUUUUGUUCUGAAAUGUGAUCUUGUCAUGUGUUUGUAAAGGUCAUCUUAAGAAUGCAGCAUUUCUCCUUCUCUGCUUCACUUCCUUCUUAACUUCCUUACCAAUAGAUUUAAAGAAAUUACCCAUAAUCCUGUUCUGGUGCUGGGACAAGCUUGAGCUCCACACAGAGAGUCUGUUACAGUAAUCUCAGCCAAAAUUGUUUUAACUUCCUAGCAGACGUGCAACAGACAUCCACCCAACAAACAAGCGCUCAGUCAGCCACGCAAAAUAGUAGAGACGUUGAAAUUUGUGUAAAAAUGCCACCAACAGGGGCAAAGGAAGUGCUCUUAUGUAAUAGGCCUAUACAACUUCCAGCAUCCCACAGGUUUCUCACUGGUUGUGAAAUUACGGCUUUGUAGGGUGCGCGCACUGUUUACUAAACCGUUUAAUGGCACAUGUGAUCUCGCAUCAUCGUUCCAACGCACUGCUUGCUCUCCCCUCCCUCUGACACACCGUCUGUGAGAUGCAAGAUUGAAAGGUUGCGCAGGUGUCUCAGUGGACGGGAGCGAACCAUCUGGAGGCAGCUGGAGGGGUGGCUUUUUACGCUUAUUUGUAAGCAUCUCACCUCAUGCUUCACUGAUGUGAGAACAGGGAGAUGACAAGAGGGGUUUGGUUCUGCUGCGGAGGACAAGGAUGAAAGCGAGAUAAAGAACAAGAGACAAAACAAGAACAAGCGACACUUUGAAGAUAAAAUGAGUACAUUUGCGAAAAAAGAUGACUCCAUUUUAAAAAUGUUCAAAAAUCAUGUUUUUUUUUAUUGUGCAUUCCAAUAUCAAUCAAACUGCAGAUGGGUUGAACUUGUUUUGAUUAAAUAAUAAUAACUAAAAUAAAUACAGCUAACACAAUAAAAACAUACCAUAUUAAGAACAUGAUUUUUGACUAAAUUUAAAAAAAGUUUUAGGCUAUCUUUUUUGCAAAUAAACUCUUUGCCUAUUUUGACUGUAUUUUUUGACAUUGGUCAUACGGUCUUUGACAUUGUGGCUACACGAGGCCACACACCCCAAUUUUGAGUUUUUUUUAGGUAUUGAGGCUUUUAUUUUGUAUAACUCUUAAUUGAGCUUUUGGCAUUUUCUAAAAAUCAAAGUAUCCAUUUGAUCAUUAUGAUCAUGCAGCUUAUAGGGAUGGUUCACCCAAAAAUAAAAAUUCUGUCAUCAUUUACUCACCCUUAGGUUGUUCCAAACGUGUAUGGAUUCAGUUGUUCUGAUGAACACAAAGAAAGAUAUUUGGAAGAAUGUCAGUAACCAAACAGAUCUCGCCCCCCAUUUACUGCCAUAUUUAUUUUCCCUACUAU